AUGUCCCUCACCCUGUUCACCGCUGCUCCUUUAAAGCCAGAGAUUCGACUAGCUCAGGCUGUUUCUCAAUUCGAGGCUUGCCUUUCCGACGGACAAAAGGUCGCGUUCCGGAACCAGCGGACACAGUCGCUUAAGUCCCCCCCGAGUACACAGGAUGUUAUGAGGGUCACAGCAGAGAUUGACAUUUCACAAAAGGCGGGAGGGCGGUGCUUCGGACCUCGUUUCACCAAAUUCCUCCAUGGUGCGCAACAGUUUGCCGCUCUUGGUGACGUUGUCGUGGGUAGCUCACAGAGCGUCAUCGCUUGUGGUGCCACUACCAACCGUUCGUCGUACAUCGAAAGUUUGUCUCUCCUCCUUAUGGAAGCUGGCCAAACGUCCCAACAGCACUCGGAUUUGGCACUACUGUAUCCUCGCUCAAAAGCGUUACAAACAUAUAUCACAGAAUACUUCGUCGUGGUAGUUCAAAUUUGUCAUCAUUUUCAGCUUUACGCUCAAAAGUCCUUCCUAGGAAAGUUUGCAGCGUCGCUCAAUGACACCGACAUCAAAGAAACACGGUCAAGUCUUCUGGCCUGGUCCAAAAGUAUUCAAGUGGAAAUUGGAACACUCGUUGCACGAAGGAUCGAGACAGAAGCUGAGAGUAACUCACGCUUCAGAGCCCUGAUGAACUUAAGCUCCAAGAGCGCUUCACAACAGCGAGAGCAGAUUGCUUUCCGAAACAUCCUCAAUCACUGCUCAACCCAUGACUACGAAACGACAUGGAGACAGAUCCGGAAAGCUGGCAACACGUCCUUGUAUACACAAAUACCUGAGUAUAGCCAAUGGAUAGCGGCACCAGACUCCGAGACACUUGUUCUGGUCGCCAAACUUGGAUAUGGAAAAUCCGUAUCGCUUGCGAAUAUCGUUGACGAUCUCAGUUUGCGAAUCGACCCCGGCGUUAAUGGACUUGCAUAUUUCUUCUGCCGACACGAUCUUCCUGAUAGUUUGAUCGCAAGGACGGUGAUAGGUGCACUUGUACGUCAGAUAAUCACCCCCCUUUCGCAAUUCUUCAAUGAAUCUGAGGUCGGAGACCCUUCUCGUAUAUCCCAGCUUCUCGGUCUCAUGCGUCACGCUGUCCCUCGUAAUUACUCUAUAUAUAUUGUCCUUGACGGCUUGGAUCUGUGUUCUUCCGAAGAAAAGAAAAAGGUCACAGAACAUCUGGAAGCUAUGAGAAGACAAUUCAUCAUGCACAUCUGUGUUUCCCACCGAUUGGAACCGGAAGCAGAGAUACAGCCUAUUGCUACAGAGUUUCCUACAGCAAAAGUCGUUAGGCUUCCCGAUAAUACCCCGGACAUUGAACCGUUCAUUACAGCGCAACUGAAACUUGCUAUAAUGAAUAACUCCCUGGCUUUAGGAGAUCCUGCCAUUAUCCUGGAGAUUCAACAUGCGCUCUUGCAAGGCUCAAAGGGUAUGUUUUUAUGGGUUGUUCUACAGAUUCAGUCGCUUUGCGCAAUGCAAACUGAUCACGACAUUCGAGAUGCGCUCGCCAACCUGCCACAAGAUCUCUCCGAAAUCUAUAAUCGUAUAUUGCAGCAAGCGAAAAGACCGGGUCGGUCCUUACGGUCAGAUAUAUUCAAGCUCAUCAUGACUGCGAGACGGCCACUCACAGCGGACGAGAUGCGAGUGGCACUUAGUGUAACCCCCGGUAAUACUACAUGGGACCAUUCCAAACUUGUCAAUAGUAUAUACCCAGCACUUGCAACCUGUGGCUGUCUCAUCACUAUCGACGAAGAGGACCAUACAAUACAUACUGUGCAUCCGAGUGUGAACCAGUUCUUGCUCCAAGACGACGGCACAAUUCCAACCAAGGACCAAGAGAUUUAUUUCACAAUGGAAGACUCACAAACACUGAUAUCAUCAAUUAUCGUCACCUACCUCGAUUACAGUAUCUUUGGGACGGAACUUGCUAUUCGCCUCCCGGGACUCGACGUAGGAUCAGCACCCUCCCAUAUCAUCAAAGCUGCGGCUAGUAUGAGCAAAGGUGCUCAGGCUAUAGCCUUGCUCAUGGGAUCGGGGAAAAAUUCUAACUUUGAUGCUUCUAAGACUCUAGCACAAGAAUUGAAGCCUCGCCCACGGCCAAACAUCGAUGUAUACUACUUCCAACACUACGCGAGAACGUAUGCUUUGCAACACUUCUCAGAUCUUCCAAUUAUGUCGUGCACUAUUUCAGAAACUCUAUUCAGAAAACUCAAACAGGACACAGAAUGCGUUUCGACUGUUGGAGAGGCAAUUGGUCUACUCUGGCUCUCACUCCAACCACCUGGGACACAGAACGUCAUGGAUCUUCUGGGUCUUCUACACGAUGAUCUCUCUUAUACAACGGAGGGGUCGAUAAUGGGCUCGAAGUCUAUGGAAACCAAUCCGGAAGUCUUGUGGCUUCGCUAUCUGUUUCAAUGGGCUAUCGAGACUGGCCGUAUCCAUGCAAUCAGGUACUUGCUAGGCCUGUACGAGAAUAUCCUCUCUGAUUAUCAUGAUGUAACCGGAAAGUCGCAGGGCAUCGUUCACCCAGCUCUCAAGAAAAUUUGCGAUAAGUACUGGCCUCAUUACUGUGAGGCACCCACUCGCCUUGAAAUCUCAGAGCGUUUCCUCGGGACUACGCCAUUAAUUCAUGCUAUCAGGAAACGUCAGUAUCUCGUCGCUGAAGUUCUUGUUGGUGAUAAGCUGAUAAACAUCAACAAAGCCACGAGCUGGGGUCUAUCAGAGAAACCAAUAAACUUUGCCAUGGCACAGAGAGACACUAAGGCUUUGAGGUUGCUGCUCGCAGAACGGCACUGGAAGCGACUACAUAUGCCGCUAGAUGAAGCAUAUGAAUUAAGAGAUCAGGCCGGAGAGUUAGAGGACGGCUCUGUUGCGUCGUUGCUUCAAGCCUACAUCGAAACAAAGUCUGCAGCAAUACAUCGUUCUCGGAGAAGGGGCUCUGAAUGA